AUGCACUCGGAUUUCACAACACUUGCCACUCCAGCGGGUCGCUUCAUCCGCCUGUUGGAGCCCAAGAAUCUGCCAUCGCUUCACGAUAGCCCUCUCUCGUUGAUGAAGACAUACUUCACAUUGAAUAAACACCAUAUGUCGAAGCCAAACACAUCUUUUCCCCUUCUCAAGCAGCUCGCCAUGCAGAAGUGGAAGCCCGAGCGAGUUUACGAAAAGGUCGGAGUCAGGGACGAGGAGUCAUCCAAUGAGUACCCACGGGCAGAUGAGGUAGAGAGGGUUUCUCGGGGAACUAGAACCCGCUCCCUCAUCUCGGGCAUCGUUGUUACUGGAUUGAUGGCGGUAUGCAUCGCUGGCAUCGUCUGGUGGCCUGGCCGGAUUCAAGAUCAAGCAAUCAGAAUGGCCGCAUACGACCACUCCCACCAAGAUCACCCCAGUCAUCCAGCUCAUGACCACUCAGACUCGCAUCUCUUUGAGCACUUGGGACCGUCUAGCAGCUCUGACCACUCCCCUUACCCACAAUCAAAGGAUGACGACACCGUUGCUACCUGCGGAAGCACCCUUGCUGAAGCACAGGCACUGAACUGCACUUGGGAUUUACUGGCAGCGGCUUGGCUUCCCCCCGCAUGCAUCGACGAGGAACUCACAGCGGACUUCCGAGCCCAGGGGCCAUGGACAUACUUCGCGGACAGGGAGGGGACACAAGAGCUGUUCGAAGAGGAGUUGCAGUACCGCGUCGGGAAGGGCAAUGAGUACUACACUUCGCUCAGGUAUCACAAGACGCACUGCUCUUACCAGUGGCGAAAGAUGCAUCGGGCGAUGGAGAGGGGUACUAAGAUUGAGAACAAGCUGGCCGACUACCACCACACGAUGCACUGUGGCUACGUCCAGAUGCAGCAAGGAGAUAUGGAGGACCUGAUGACCAAAAUCACGGUUGAGCUUAUGACUUGCUGA